AUGCUGCAAGCAUUUUCUUACGAGAAUGCUGAUCCUCUGGGGCUUAUAGAGCCUCUGAGCCGAAUGCACCUAAAUCGAAAUGGUUCGCAUAACGAUGCGUCUAACGAGCCAAGCUUCACCCCACUUCCAUACAUGACAUUUGCCGCAAACGAAUCCAUUUGUUCCUUUUCCGUUGCCCAGCCGGUGGCACCUGGAGUUAUAUUCACCCACGACAAGUCCAUUUGUUACGAAUUCCGACCUCAAAAUCCCGACUUUGAUGCGCUCUCGAAUUUCAUGUGCAAUUUUUCUCCCGGAAAAACAACCAGCUUGGUCUGCGAUUGGAUUUCAAUCGAUAAUGGUACGACCCAUGCGCGUUCACCAUCACCUCUGUCGGUAGCGGCAAUGAAAGCGUCUUUUGAGGAGCUUGCGUCGGCUCAUCGACGCGAUGGGAAUAUCACAUUGACUGUCGCGUCGCUCGAUGAACUCGCGCGUCGACAUGGGAUAACGGCAGGGAAAUGGAUGAUGUUUUGUACAACUGGAGAGGUAGAUAUGGUUUGGGAGAAGGUCGCGAGAUUUUGUAUGGAGGAAAUGAAGGGGUACGCCAGGGUUUCACCGAACAAGGGAGAUGACCAGCAUGUUGUUUCGGUCUACGUGGAGGACUUUGAGAAAUACUCCGAGGUGAUGAGAGUGAGGGAGGCGCUGAAGGAGAUCGGUUUCAAUCGGCCUAUUGGAUUCAAGAUGGACGCGUAUACGUUGUUGGGAAUUUACAGGAAGAAUCCUUGGGGAAUUAAUUGCAACAGGUACUAUGAGUAGAAAGUUCACUUUGCUCAUGGUGACUCCUCGUUUUUAUAAUAAACACAGUAGCUCGUGAAUACUACAAUAUUAC